AUGGAUGCUGCACAUAAUAAUGUGUUGUUAUCAGAUGAGCUUUUGCUAUUGUCAUCAGAUGAUGAAAAUGACGCUGAUGUUAUUAUCGACUAUCUGAGCGGCGAAGAUCAAUGUGCGAUUUCGAAAUGCGACGAGACCACCAUUGCUUCUGCUAGACCAGUUGCUAUCCCACUGGAAUUCGCUAAAAAUUGUCACGGUGUCACCGGAGUUGGUGCUGAAAACGUCAUCGACCCUGUGGCUGUGGAAGCAAGAAACAGUAGCAAAAGUAACGUGGCCACCAUCCCCAAUAAUCACAGUGACAUGGUGCCAAUCAUAAGCGUAACUCCUCACAGUCCUGGAGCCAAGUUCAACUUUCUUGAGGACACCCUUAAUCAAUUGCAAUGUCUCCGAGAAAGCGUAGCACACAUGAAAAAUUCCACCCUUCAAAAUGCCACCGCUAUGGGAGGCAUCGGAGCGGGAGGACUUGGUUCCACGGGAGCGAUGUCGUCUUCAAAGUUAUUUUCCUCAUGUCCUUCUUUGCCUGAUCUAACAAUAGCAAACCCUAUCAAUGUAUGGCCACAUCACCAUGUUCUAUAUGGUUUAAAUAACGAUCGCAGGAAAUCCUGGACGGCUAUUGAAGAUCUGACUGAAUGCACAAAAUCAUCACAUAAAAGUGUUAGUUUGUCUAGCCUUGACAGUGAAGAGCAAGAAUCGUUGCGAGCCGCAGAACGACUUCACAAUCGUACGAGUCGAAACAGCACGGGAGGAAUAUCGACACAUUCUUUAAAUGAGGCUGAAUUGGCGAGAGAUUUCGAAAAAGUUGUUGCCAAGCGAAAUUUGGUUCCUGUGGCUCCAAGAAUACCAUUGCAAAAAAGUAUAUCUACUCCAUCUAUUGCUCCGGUGCGAAAUCAAAACGUUAAGGAGGAUAAACUUGCAUCCUCGAGACAUCUUUCUGACAGUGAAGAUGAAACUCAUGAUCGAUCAUUACUUUGUGUGAGGGAUAAAAACGAGGAAUAUACAGAACAUCAUGAAAAGCGCCGGAAACGUGGAUCGUUGUUUUUUCGUAAGAAAAAAGAUAAGACCAAAUCUAAAGGCCAGUCAUCGGUUUGUGAUGCUUGCGGUGCCGUAAUAAAUCUGGCAACAUACAAAGAACAUGCUGUGGAAUGCAAAGCAAAAAUUGCGAAGAAAUAUUUUCAGGCUCAACCAAAACCUAACUCAAACAAGAAGGGCUCUGCCAACAGUGGCAAAAAAAUGACUGGAUGUUACUCUCCGUGGCGAUUGGUUGCUAACAAAUUAGGCGUGGUAUCACAACACGCUAGCCACAAUUCCUCGCAACACGAUGAUCAGGGUAGAGACUAUUAUGAUGGCAACGUGCAUAAUGAUAACGCUAACGCCUACGCGGAUGAUGUGCCGCUUAUAAGAGACGAAUUUCUGCAUGAAACUCCUAUCGGACCACAUGAUCUCGGUGCCGAACCCAUUCUGGGGGUUGCAAUCGAUGAGCACGAUUCGUGGAGCCCCAGCGUUCCAAAGGAAGUUGUGAAGGCACUUAAGGAUAAACAAGUAAAACGUCAAGAACAUAUUUAUGAAUUUAUCAUGACGGAAAAGCAUCAUGUCCAGACGUUACUAGUCAUGCAGAAAGUAUUUGUAGAAAGUCUUCAGAAACAUUUUAGCCAUCUCAACCUGGAACGAAUGUUCCCCCGUUUGUUGGAGCUGACGGAACUGCAUACCGGGUUUCUACGCAAGCUGCGCGUAAAACAACGGGAACACCAUGUAGUCGACAGUAUCGCAGACAUUUUGUUGGAAUUUUUCUCUUCCAUGUCGUCCCAGAAGCUCAAGAGUGCGUAUGGAGAAUUUUGUUCCAAUCAUCGGUCCGCACUGGAUACGUUCAAGUGUUACAUGACCGGCGACAAUGUGUUCGCCGAGUGGUAUAAGCAUUGUCAACAAAAUCCGUUACUUAAAAAGAAAGGCAUUCCGGAGUGUAUACUGUUCGUCACGCAGCGUCUCACCAAAUAUCCGCUACUAAUUGAUCCCCUGCUGAAGAGCUCCCGAGAGGACAAAAUCGAACAAGAGAAGCUGCAGAAAGCUAUGUCGCUAGUGAAAGAGAUACUGGUUGAUGUGGAUGCACGAGUGGCCGAUAAAGAGAAAGAGGAUCGUCAAUUAGAAAUUUUUAAGCGCAUCGAUGCAAAGUCUUGUGCAAUAUUUAAAAAGGAUAAAUUCAAGAAAUCUGAUAUCAUAUCGUGCAAUCGGAAAUUAAGAUUUGAAGGUGUAGCCACUCUCAUGCAAGGUCGAUCUAAAAUGCAAACCGUUCUUGUGGUUGUUCUGUCGGACUGCUUAUUUUUCUUGUUGGAAAAUUCGCACAAAUAUUCCUUUUUUACUCCAGACAACAAGGCUGGUAUCGUGUCGCUACAAAAACUGUUGAUAAGAGAAAAAGCUGGUACAGAAUCAAGAGGAAUCUAUAUCAUAUCGUCGAAUCCCGCCUAUCCGGAAAUGUAUGAACUGAAAGUGCAAAAUCCUAAGGAUAAAAAUGUGUGGAUUCAGUCGAUACGUGCUGCUGUUAUUGAUUGCCCCUCAGAUGAGUCCGAAACAGAAGACUAUAUGAGUAUGGAACAAAGGCAAAAAAUAAUCGACCUGAAGCAAGCAAACAUCCGGGAAAUAAUUUCACUUGGAACUACCGAAUUGGAAGGUAAAAUGCGCCAAAAGGACUUUGAACAAGCGAUAUUGCUCGAGGAAAAGAUUGCGCUACAGCUGAGCUUGUUGCUGGAUAACGAGCAGAAUUCUGAUCAGCUGGGUUCAGCGGCUGCAAACGUUGAGUCAUUUAUCUCAAACUAUGGAUCUUAUAGAGAUCUCAUUUCCGACGACUGUGAUACUAUUGAAAUAUGGAAACGGGUGCUCAACUCUAUCCAAGCGAUAAGUUCUUUGGCUUCAUCUCUCUACACGGCUGCCACAGGUUUGCCACUGUCCAGAUCUAGUAGUUGCUCGGUAGGAGAACGACAGGCUGGCGGUGGCGGAAGCGAACUAUACAUUUCACCGACACUGCCAAAACGGGCGGAAACUUUCGGUGGAUUUGAUGAACGACGAUCAAAACAACCCUCAAUCCUGGCCACCCCGCCACUUGGCGGUGGUUCAGCAGCAAUGUAUCAUCAUGGACAGAAUAACGUUUCACGAGACGCGGUUCUUUCGACGCUAUCAGCAGCUGGUUAUUUUACCAAUCGAGGAGAAACGGCGACAUAUGACAAGCAACGAGAGCAACAUGCAACGUCGUCGGAUUUCGAUCCGGCGUUGGCAGCAAUGGCAAUGUUGAGUCACAAUAUCCAUGGUGGUGGCGUAGAAGGGAAUACUAUUAGGUCGGAUGACUUGGCCCGAGAUCAGAAUUAUGCCGCGUUGCAUGUGUCGCAUCAUUUGCACACUAUGUUGUGCAUAAUUUCUCAGCAAAUGACAACAAUUCAGAGCUUGCAUCACCAGCUGGCGGUCUUUCGAGAAAAUCCCAAGACUAUGUAUCGCCAUAAUGAUCAGCUGGAAGAGCUACGAAAUCUGCAAGACAAACUGCAGGAAGAGAAAACCGCUUGGCAAAAGCAGAAGGAACAAGAGGAACGUGAGCUCGCUGAAACUAAACUGGCACAAAAAGCCCUGCAGGAGCAAAUACGAUCAGAGCAGGAAGAUAUUAAGCAGCAACGAGAGCAAUUGUAUCGUAAAAUGGAAAUUUUGUCGAACCAGGGAUUGUUACUAUCUCCUAGUGUUGCAUUACCUAUUCCAACUGGUAUAAUGUCGUCCUUGGAGGAAACUCAAAGUAGCAACACUAAGCAUCCAGCGGUGGAGCAGCAUCACGUCGUAGACAGUGGUAUGGUAGCUAACAGUCCCAUGAUGGGUGGAUCGACAACUCUCACUAUGGACAGAAAAAAAGAUAAAUGGAGAACAGCAAGUAUUACUAAAACACCUCCAGCAAAUCUGGUAAGCGCCACUAAUGCCGCUAAAAUCAAUGCAACAAGCAUCAAACAACAAUUACCACUCAAGUUGUCGUCACUGUCGUCUUCGAAACAGAGUUUCGUUACGACGGCAAACAGUAGUUGCACGACAGCACCGACGAUCUCCUCACCUGGCCAUGGUGGCCAUUUAGUGACCACUGCUGGUGUAACGCAAAUGUUUCCUUUAAAACUUGCUGAUAAAAAAAAUACCGCCUCAUCUAGCACUACACCUCCUAACAACAACCAUCACGCUCGCACUGGAAGUAGUCCUGCCGUAAUACAGCAACAAAUGCAAGUGCAAUCGGGAAAUCCAGCCACAAGAACAAAUACUUACCCCAAAAUUCCGGAACGUUUCCGACUGAGAAGCUCGGACAAUUACUCUUCAACAUCCAACUCGGCCAGUUCUCCGGUUGUGCCAUCAAAUCAGUAUUGUUACUCACCACCACCAUCACAUUUCAUAACGACGACGGGAAUGGCGACAGCACCGCGAGGGUCGGUUUUACAACCGGAUCCUGCAUCUGGUCAGAACACACCUCCUGCAAAUUCUGCACGUCAUUCUAGUUUACCUUCUUCGACGAUACCGACAACGACGAGCGACAGCAAUAGCAAAACCAAUGAAGAAGAAGUAAUGUACUUUUGA